AUGUACGAACGUACCGGCAAAGGAGAUGCUGGUGUGCGAGGAGCACCCUCCUCGACGCUCGUCUUCUCCGAGGCUGCACCGGAAGGGAAUCCUGCGAUCUUUCGUCAUACCACUCUGCAGGUAACAGCACCGUCAAAAAAAGCGACGAAUAGCCAUGUCACAAAUAAGAGCACUACUGCAAUACCAGGAACUCAAAUGACAGUCCCGAAGGCGAUGCGUUGGUCAACUCAUCUGAACCACGCAUUCGAACCAUUUCCUUACUCUAAGGCAAAAGCAAAUGCCACGCCUCAGGCCUUGAUCCGGCAGACUUUGCUGAAACCGUUGACGCCCAGCGAUAUGUUGCGUUCUGGGUACAUCUAUGUCUUCUGGCAUCCAGGUAGUAUGGGUUACAUCAAAAUCGGCUAUACUCAGAACAUCAAGAAGAGGCUUGAAGAUUGGCAUAAGCAAUGUGGAUUCAACCUCGAGCGGCACAAGAGUCUGGAAUCUAUGAACGUGACCAAGGUCCAGCACUUAGACCGAGUCGAGGAGCUAAUCCAUGCCGAACUUAAAGAAUACCGGGGGUUCGAGCCAUGUUGCAGUGGUUGCGGGAGAAAACAUCUAGAGUGGUUCCAGGUCGACCCGAGCUACGCUUUGAGGGUAGUGGCAAAAUGGACAAGAAGGUCCCUUUACUCAAACGGGGAAUUGGAUGUCAGCCAAGAGGAGAUCGAGAAGUUGUGCCAAUUGACCGAAGCCGACCGCCCACUACCGCCGCCCAAAAAGGGAGCGAAGAACUUCAACGGAAGCAUUCGCGGUGGUCGUCGGGCAUCAAAAGCCUAA